AUGGAGCGCCCGAAGAAGAGCGGCGCAGUGGCUGGCCUCCCCGACGACCCCCUCGUGGAGAUCCUCUCGCGCGUCCUCGUCAAGGAUCUCCACCGAUCCAAGUGCGUCUCCAAAGGCUGGCGCGACCUCAUCGCCGACCCCCUCCACCGCAAGAAGCUGCCCCAAACCCUACAAGGGUUUUUCCCAUCCUACCCGGGGGAAUCUUUCAUGCAGUAUGGAAGACCUUUCAUCAAUCUGUUUGGGGGAUCCCCGCCGCCCGUCGACACUUCUCUUCCCUUCCUGAAGAAGCUGCCUGGCAUUCACAAGAUCUGGCUCAGGGGGUCCUGCAAUGGGCUCCUCCUCUUUAAGCACCACACCAGUCUUCACGACCUCGGCCAUAUCGUGUUCAACCCUGCCACAGAGCAAUGGGCGGCUGUGCCCUGUGAACACACUCCGAUGGAUAAGCAUUGUCGAUUGAGGCACACCUUUUUGGUCUUUGACCCGGCUGUCUCCUCGCACUUCCAGUUGGUCAUCUUCUGUGAGGAGGGGAAUGUGUGCACAGUGCACUCCUACUCCUCAAAAACAGGAUUGUGGAGUCACACCCAGAUUGACUGGGCUGAAGAAGUAAAACAACGAGGACAAUUGAAAAAGUGGGUUCCUCAGAUCAGUGGCGUUGACUCUCAUGCUACCCUUUUUAAUGGCAUGCUGUAUUUGAUGUUGAGUGAUGAUCAGAUUGCUGAGGUGGAUGUGGAAGGGAAGACACGAAGGAUCAUCUCAGCGCCACCUUCGGUGGGUAGGCAAGUGUUCGCCACCGUUCAAUUUUCAUUGGUCAAUCCCAAGGGCGCCUGCAUUGCAUCAAUGAAGAACAUGUCUGAGCAUGAAGAGAAACUAAUGGGGUGCGGCGAGGCAAGCACCAAGGACGUGGCCAGGGUUGGCAAGUGUGGAAGCCGGUGA